UGCUCGCUGGGUGUCGCUGUGACUGUAAACAUCAUCUCCUUCCUGUCCUGUCUGCCUGAACACGAUUACAUCUUUAUGCUGAGUUUGAUCAUGAAGAAAGAGGCAGUGCAGGCGGCAGCCAAAGAGUUUCUGCAGUUCGUCAACAAAGGAGUGUCUCCAUAUCACGUGGUUGAAGAAUGCCGGCAGCAUCUGUUGGAGGCCGGAUUCAUCGAGCUGAAGGAGACGGAGCAGUGGGACAUUAUACCAGCCAGCAAGUACUUCAUAACCAGAAACUUCUCCAGCAUCAUCGCCUUCGCGGUAGGCGGACGUUACCUGCCAGGAAAUGGUUUCUCCAUGAUCGGAGCGCACACUGACAGCCCCUGCCUCAGGAGUUCCCAUCUUGGCCACGGCCAUUCAGGAGGAGCUGGAGGCGGGCUGUUCUUCAUCUGGUGAUGCUUCCUGCGCUACCAACACGGCAGAGAAGCACCACCCGGCACUGGUGAAGGUUCUGUGUUCGGAGCUCAGAGUGGAGCCUGAGGUUCUGUUGGACUUUGAGCUGUGUUUGGCCGACACGCAGCCAGCAGUAGGAUCUGAGAGCGCUCAGGGAGCUCAGUCCAACCUGACGGAGAUGAUCCUCAGCCGCCUCUCCGCCUCUUCUUCCAACCUGACGGCCUUCCAACAGGCGGCGCCAAAGUCCUUCAUGAUCAGCGCCGACAUGGCUCACGCCACACACCCGAACUACUCGGAGAAACACGAUGAAAACCACCGCCCAGCUUUCCAUAAGGGUCCGGUCAUCAAGUUCAACAGCAACCAGCGCUACGCCACCACGGCCAUCACCGCUGCCGUGAUCAGAGAGGUGGCCAGCCGUGUCACAGUGCCUCUGCAGGAUGUGAUGGUCCGUAACGACAGCCCCUGUGGGACCACUAUCGGACCCAUCCUGGCAGCCCGUCUCGGUGUUCCCGUGGUGGACAUUGGUGCUCCACAGCUUUCCAUGCACUCCAUCAGGGAGAUGUGCUGCACCUCCAGCGUGCUGCAGAGCACCACCCUCUUCAAGGGUUUCUUUGAGUUGUUUCCAGUCAUCAGGAGUUCACUGGUUGUUGACUGACACUCACCAUGAUGCUCCACAAAAAACAAA